UUCUCUUCCGGUUGUGGUGGUAGGGAAGUGUACGUGAGUGAUUGUGAAGUUUAAAUGUGGUCAAUGAUCAUUAACAUCUGAAGUAUUAAUUAGUUUGAAGGCUCAUUCUUUGUCAUGGGGGCCUACAAGUACAUUCAGGAGCUGUACCGUAAGAAACAAAGUGAUGUUAUGAGAUUUUUGCUACGUAUCAGGUGCUGGCAGUAUCGCCAGUUGACGAAAAUGCACCGAGCCCCAAGACCAUCACGUCCAGAUAAAGCUCGCAGAAUGGGAUAUAAAGCUAAGCAAGGUUAUGUUAUCUAUCGCAUUUGUGUCCGUCGGGGAGGUCGUAAGCGGCCAGUACCAAAAGGUGCAACAUUUGGAAAACCAAAAAGUCAUGGAGUGAACCAGCUGAAGCCCACUCGCAACUUGCAGUCUGUUGCUGAAGUAUGUAUAUGUCUGAAAUAAAAAAAAGUCAAGGAA